AUGCCUGCUGCACCCAAACAGAGGAAGAUCGCCAUUGUUGGUAGUCGCUCCGUGGGCAAAUCGUCACUCACGGUCCGCUUUGUCGAGCAUCACUUUGUCGAAAGCUAUUACCCUACCAUUGAGAACACUUUCAGCCGAAUUAUCAAACACAACGGCCAAGACUAUGCGACUGAGAUCGUUGAUACUGCAGGACAGGACGAAUACAGCAUCUUGAACUCGAAACAUUUCAUUGGAAUCCAUGGAUAUAUCAUUGUCUAUUCAGUCACAUCCCGCCAGUCUUUUGAGAUGGUGCGAGUAAUUCGAGACAAGAUUUUGAAUCACCUGGGGGCGGAUGAAGUACCUCUUGUUGUUGUAGGCAACAAGAGUGAUCUCAAGCCCGAACAGCGCCAGGUAUCUCUUGAUGAGGGUCGCCAAUUAGCAGAGGAGGUCAACUGUGCCUUCACUGAGGCUAGUGCCUUCCUUGAUUUCAACGUGACCAAGGCUUUUGAUCUUAUGAUUGGAGAGGUUGAGAAGACCUCAAAUCCCUCACAACCCACAGGAGGAAACAAAUGUACCUUGAUGUGA